ACUGCACUCUUCGCGCUGUAACGAGUUUCGUCUUUCGCGUUUGCUCUUGAUUCUUUAUUUGCCAGGGUUGAAAGAAAAGAAACAACAACAGUAGUGCAACCUGCCACCGAUUUCUUUGUUUUGAUGCUAGUUUUUUGUUGUUUGAGUUCUCAGUUUGAACAGUCUUCCAGAGUUAAAAAGCGAGAGCAUUAACACCCUCAUCAUAGGCCCCACCAUGCAGCCAGACCCAGCCGAGAGUUCUUCCACGAAUAGCGCCAUCAUCUACUGGCCCGCUGAAAAUGCUCCCAAUCCGCCGUUCGUUACGGCCGUGAGCACCGCGGAUCUGGCCCCCAUAGCGGCAGAUGGAACGUUGACCGAUCGAGCCUUGUGCCGUGCCAAGAUUCGCGGUCAGGAGUACGAACCCUGCGUACUGGUGUGGCUCUCGGAAGACGAUACCGUAGAGCAGUUGAAACAGGAAUUGCUGAACAAUCACUUCGAGAAGCGUUAUAUUACCAAAGGCCGUCAGUACUGGGAGGAAUCCAAGGUUCAACAGAUGAAGACGUUCUCACCGAAAAAAAGCCGCGCAAAGACACCCAAAUCUAAUCCAACAGCCGUAAAUGGCGGGAACGGAGCGGCUUCCGAUGAACAGCUAGCAAAUGCCAUUUCCGCAAAUGCCGUGUCAGCCAGCGCCAUGACCGAACCGUCGCCUCCAGCACGCCGAAAUCUCUCACGCAGAUCAAUGCCAGCUAACGUUGCCAAAGCAGCGGGUAAAAACUCAGCAACGAAACCGAAGGCUCCUCGACGUCAAAAGAGUGCCGGUGUGACUAAAGCCAGAUCGGCGCCGGUGCCGGAAGUGAAACGCGGUCCGGGUCGUCCGGCUGCAGCACUGAAGAACGGCACUGGCGCUCAGCCCGCACGGAAACGCGGCCGUGGCCGUAAAUCAGGCGCGAUGAAAAAGAAGCGUGCGGUGGCCUUUGCUAAUGAAGCGCCGAAGCCUAUGUCUAACUCGGCUGAGAGUGCGAUGGACGUCGAGGAAAGAGAAGUGGCUGAGCCAGCCAGCAAUGGGCAGAUGAACGAUUUCCAAGGAAUAUUUAUCAACCCGAGAGAUGUUCUGACGAAGAUGCUGAAACAGCACAACUGGGGUGUUGCGUUCGGUGUUGGAUUGCGGGGGUUCUUCUCAAAUGACGAGAUCAUCAACGGAUAUUUCGCGCGUCCUCGCAAGAACGAAGCGGGCCAGAAAUUGGAUGUUACGCGUGUGGAAAAGUUAAAAGAACUGCUGGAGACCUACUGCAUGGCGAAAAAAGUGAAGAUUCCAGAAGAUAAGGAGAUCGGACGCAAAUUUGCGAACCUGAAGUCAAUGGCGAAGCGCCAGCAACCAGAGUCGACCAUGGAACAAAACAUGGACGAAGUCGACGAACACGACGAUGCAGUCAAUGUCAAUGGCGAUGGUAUGGAAGAGGUCGAAGCAGGCGAGGAAGGCGAGAAUUAAGUUCGACGCUAAUUGAAGGACUGGUUUUUGUGUUAUUCCUCGUACUUUUGGUUUGAAUUGUGGUAUGUAUAGGUAGUGAGUGUUCUAUGAGAUUGGCCACAGGAACGUGGCGUGCAUUUUUUUUUGAAUUUUGUACUAUAGUUUUGCACAGCGACACUAAUCUGCAGGAGGCUGCAUUCAUGGUAUAUAUUGUUUUAUCUCUUGUUUCUGUUGUUAUUGUUUUUUUAUUCGAUCUGAAAUGGG